UGGUAGUUUUUCGUGUCGAAGGUUGAGCACAUGGUUCCUCCGCGGUAUAUUAUGGUUUAGAUAGUAAUGAAUGAAAUCAUACGUAAUUAAAAAAUUCGGCGCUAAUACUCAACACUUGGUGCCUUUUAACAGAACCGAGUGGCCGUGGCUUUAUUUAGUUUAUAACCUGUUUUAAGAACAUCGUUUGCGUCAGACUACAACGAGAUGGCUGGAAUUCUGUUUGAAGAUAUAUUUGAUGUAAAAGACAUCGAUCCAGAUGGGAAGAAGUUUGACAGAGUGUCACGACUACAUUGUGAAAGUGAAUCUUUCAAGAUGGACCUCAUCUUGGAUGUGAACAUUCAGAUAUACCCUGUUGAUCUUGGUGACAAGUUCAGACUGGUAAUUGCCAGCACGUUAUAUGAGGAUGGAACACCAGAUGAUGGAGAGUACAACCCUCAGGAUGAUCGACCGUCUCGAGCAGACCAGUUUGAGUAUGUGAUGUAUGGAAAGGUUUACAAGAUUGAAGGUGACGAAACUUCAACAGAAGCAGCGACACGUCUCUCUGCCUAUGUGUCUUAUGGAGGCCUGCUUAUGAGGCUGCAGGGAGACGCCAACAACCUUCACGGCUUUGAAGUAGACUCCAGGGUCUACCUUCUUAUGAAAAAGCUGGCCUUCUGAACACCAUUCUUCUUGCCCACCCACCCACUGUCAGCUAUCGUUAGCCGUCUUUGAAGUCAUGGUGAAAUUCACAUAUUUCUGUAAAUUCAUGAUUUACAGACGUAGAACAUGGAUUCUACUGAGAAAAUAUUUUAGAAAUUUUUUUUAUUUGUGUUAAUUCAUAAAAAAUACUUCUACGGAGCUGUAAGUCAGACUGAAGACUGACAAAAAAGACCUGUUGCCAUCUCAUUUUCAAACAUUUGUAAAUAAAUAUUUUAUAAAAACAAUGGUCAA